AUGUCCCCAGCUGCUACCUUAAUCUCGCUAAAUGCGCGCACGUCUUUCCCGAGCAGGAUCACAAUAAGGCUACCCUGUCGCUUCAUCCGAUCAACUCUGUGCGGGCUUGGCGGUCUCCCUGUUCCAAAUAUUCGAUCCCGUAACUCCUUACUCGCUUUGACAACGCAAACAUUCGCCGUAAGAGGAUUAGAAUCGACGAUUAAACCUAUUAAAUUUGGUAAAGCGUUUUCUUCAAUACGUCCUUACAAGCGGCCGAUUAGCAGCUGCCACUUGAAGAAGUGCCAGAAUAGCUUCUGCUAUAUUUCAUUGGGCCUUUACUCCGUUUGUCGGUCUAUCGGUUUAUCUAUCUAUCGUGCCUGGGAAGGUACCUAUAUAUAUAUCUGGCAUCCCAAUUUGUUCAUUAUCUAUCUAUCUAUCUAUCUAUCUAUCUAUCUAUCUAUCCCAGUCUGUUCCUAUCUAUCAAUCUAUCUAUCCCAGUCUGCCCCGUAUCUAUCUAUCUAUCUAUCUAUCUAUCUAUCUAUAUCUAUCUAUCUAUUCCAGUGUGUUCUUAUCUAUCUAUCUAUCUAUCUAUCUAUCUAUCUAUCUAUCUAUCUAUCCCAGUCUGUUUCUAUCUAUCUAUCUAUCUAUCUAUCUAUCUAUCUAUCUAUCUAUCUAUCUAUCCUAGUCUGUUCCUAUCUAUCUAUCUAUCUAUCUAUCUAUCUAUCUAUCUAUCUACAACUGCUUAAGCGCUAA